GAGGAACAACAAUCAUGGAAAAAGUACAUGCAACUGUAAACCAUGCCGGCGCAAACCAGAUUCCAGAUUUGACGAACAAGGUUCUGGAAAUCAAGGAACUUCUUUUCAGCCGCUUUUCAAGUAAAGAAUUAAAGCGGAUGUGGGCACCAGACGAGUCCUCUGUUACGAUGAAAAUGCAGAACUUAUCUGUAAACGAAGAAGAAGAUCUGUCAAUCUCUCUGGUUUAUCUUUUAACGAAAGAGAUUAAUCUUUUAGAAAGAGGGGAUGAUCCCUUGCAAAAAUUUUUGUCUAGAGCUGUGCAAAGAGCCUUAACAAAGUUCAAGCAAUAUGGCACUUUGACAAAGGUUCUCCGUGGAAGCGUCGUGUUCUUUAUACAGUUAUCGUUCGUCAAUUGCUACGAUGAUAUGCUUUCCGGCAGACUGACAACAUAAUUUAAACCAUUGGAAAUGGAGUUGAAGAAACGUCUUCAAAGACCAAGUCUAGAACUGGAUGUGAUCAUUAAUACCAAUGAAGUCCAGCACUUUCUUCAACAUUCUUUGCAACUGUUAAAACAGUUGGAUGCUGGUUUAGACGUGGACCAAGAGCCAACCUCCGACAAAGG